AGCCGCCAAACGCCAAACGUACUACGCAUGCUCAACACCAUUGCUCGUCUUUAUCCGUAGUACUGUGAAGAUCGUGUAUCAAUGCUCUACUGCGUCUGCCGUCAGCCAGAGUAGAACGUUUUGCCAACAAUUACAUAUUGUGGAUCCUGUAGAUAUUCGAACUACAGAUUCUUGUAACAAUAAAUCUAUAAAGACUGAGGAACCUUCACUCCCAAACUGGGGCAUUUUCUUGGUAAUAUCAGCAUCAAAACCAUCAACAACUUAGCUCAACCCCCGCAAAGCAUCACCAGAGAACAAGGAGUUCUAACCGCAUCCCAUCGCAUUUUGAUGAAAUAUAAAACAAUAAUAAAGUCCUGCAUACCACUUCUCAUAAAGCCGAAUAUACGUAGUUUCGAGUAACCAACGAAAGAAAUCACACCGAAUCACAGCAGGCAUCGCAAUCAUGGCAAGCACGAACUCGUACAACCACCUCCCCACCUACCUCCCCUCAUCCACCUACCCGCUCCUGCUGCGCACCCUUGAGCCCGAGGACAACGCCGCCUUCGCCGCCAUACUCUCGGACCCGCGCAACACGGACAUGGAGUCCGCCGAGGUCAAACAGGCCAAGCCCAUGGAGCUCUCGACGGCGACCUCGGCGAUCGCGCGGAUGCGCGACAGCGCCGCCCAGGCCACCGUCGUCUCCGCGCCUUCUUCUGAUGGUGGUGAUGCGAGGGGCAAGGUUCUGCGGGGCCCCGGGCGCGUGAACCUCGUCAUCGUGUACCUCGGCCAGGAGGGCACGGAGGAGGGCGACGAGCUGAGGAAGAAGGGCGGGCUGGUGAUCGGCAUCGGCGGGUUCGGGGGCAUCAAAGAUCUGUCGCACGGCACGGGUGAGGAAGAGGGGGUUGUCAGGGCCGGGGAUGUGGGGGCCAUGAUCAAUACUGAGUAUCGCGGACGUGGGUUCGCGAAGGAAUCCGUGAGACUGGCGAUGGAGUGGGGGUUUAAGAGUGCAGCAGGAGGGGGUUUGCAGCUGGACAAGAUCACGGCGACUACAUUGAAGAACAACGUUGCGAUGGUCAAGGUCCUUGACAAGUUCGGAUGGAAGGGUCAGGACAAGACGAAUGAGGACGGACUAGAAGAGCUAGAUUAUGAGAUGACCUGGCAGGAGUGGGAGAAUAAAUAGGGGGCUUGCCGGCCCAGUACAUUCUA